AAAAAAAAACUAGAAAUUGUGCAAUCAAAUUUAAGAUGUUUAACUCCCUUAGUUGACCACAUUGAAGAUUGGGGAAGAAGGUGAACAUAUGCGGGAGCUUUUUAAAUGUAUAAUUUAAAUACAAUUAUAUUACUUUUAAAAACUUUUCAAUUUUAAUUUUUUUACAAAUAUUUAUUCUUGUAGUUGUGUUUGAUUAGGUGUCACACAUAGAUCCGCCUAAUUUUAAAAACAUGUGUGCUUAUAAUUAAUAUAACUCAUAAAUUUACGUUUCUUUUAUGACUAUCAUUCAUUUUAAUUUUUCCUUUUUUUGAUAUAUUUCUCCAUCACAUUCACGUUCUUUGCUGAUUUAAGUUUUGGACGAUUCCCUAUCGGAAGUGUCCAAUGGGUACCUUACGUUUAGAUUUCUUUUUUCCCCAUUGCAAAUAUAGAACCCUUUUAGGUAAAUUUUAGAUUAAUUUUGAGGAUAUUUCAGUUAUACUAACAUAUAAGGAGUAUAAGAUAGGAUAAGUUAGUAUUUGUUGAGUUAAUAAAACAAGAUUAAAAGUGAUUAACUAAUAUCUUAAUGAUUUUUUUGUUUUUAUAUUUGUCGGAGAAGGGGUAUCAUUUUACAUUGAAUUUAUUAUUUUAUUUGAGUCCUCAAUUGGGAUAAGCACAAUUGAUUAGCAACUUAUUUCAAUGGGAAGAUACUUGACCACCCAAAUGAUGAUGACAUGCAAAUUACCAAAAUAAUGUAACCACAAAAGCCAUGAUAAUGCAAGAUACCAAGUCUAAUCCUAACUUGAUUGCGGUUGCAUUUAGUGGUACACAUCCAUUUGAUGCUGAGCAAUGGAGAACAUACAUUGAUAUCUCAUGGUAUGAGCUACCCGACGUAGGUAAGAUACAUGGUGGGUUCAUGAAAGCUUUGGGCCUUCAAAGGAGCCGUGGAUGGCCCAAAGAAAUAGAUGAGAGUGGCCCACAUCAUUAUGCUUACUACACAAUUAGAGACGAGCUAAGUCGAGUGUUUAGGGAAAAUCAGGAUGCAAAGUUCAUAUUAACAGGGCAUAGUUUGGGAGGAGCAUUGGCUAUUCUUUUUGUUGUUAUGCUUAUAUUGCAUGAGGAAGAAUGGUUGUUGGAUAAGUUUGAAGGUGUUUAUACUUUUGGGCAACCAAGAGUUGGAGACAAGAAGUUUGGGGAAUUCAUGGUGGAAAAGAUGAAAAAGUAUGAUGUGAAGCAUAUGAGAUAUGUUUACUCUAAUGAUUUGGUGCCUAGAAUCCCUUAUGAUGACAAAUCCCUUUUCUUUAAGCACUUCAGUCCUUGUCUUUAUUUCAAUAGCUUAUACCAAGGGCAGAUUCUAGAGGAGGAGCCAAACAAGAAUUAUUUCUCUUUGUUUUGGGUGAUACCCAAGAUCUUAAAUGCAGUUUGGGAGGUGAUUAGAGGUUUCCUUCUACCAUUUGUUGUAGGUAGAGAGUAUAAACAGAAUUGGUUCAUGACGAUAUUCAGGCUUGUUGGAUUGAUAAUUCCAGGAAUACCAGCUCAUAUCCCUAAUGAUUACGUCAAUUCUACCCGAUUGGGAUCCUUAAACGAACAUCUAGAGAUUCAAAGACCACAACAUUCCAAAGAUGAUUAAUAUCAAUGACUUUGUUAUAAUUAGUUUUUAUAUUGGACCCAUAUGUUGGAUUAUUUGACUUGGUACAUUAAUAAUAUUACAUAAUUGGUGGGUGAUCCAAUGGAUAGGGACUCUCCUAUACCA